AUGACCUACCCCGUCGUGGAAGUUCUGGCCAUCGGUCGUGGCCUUGAUUACUCCGCUCCUGAUACAGAAGUCGCCAAAGCGCUCCCCCUCCUCUCUCUCAAGCGAGUAUCGCUUCAGGAGUGGCUUCAUGAUCUCCAGGAUCUCUUCUUCCUUGAUGCUUGCUCGGUAGAGCUUGUUCAGGCGCUGGCCGUGAUAGCCGCCACCGAGGUACAUGUUGUACGCGCCGUAGGCCUUACCGACGAAGGCGACCUCAGCAAGCCAAGGGCGAGCGCAACCGUUGGGGCAACCGGUCAUGCGCAUGACAAUGGAGUCCUGGCUAAGACCAUUGUCCUCAAGGCAAGACUCCAGCUUGGAGAUGAGGACGGGCAGGUAACGCUCAGACUCAGCCAUGGCAAGACCGCAAGUGGGGAAAGCAACACAGGCGGAAGAGCUGAGACGGAGACCGGAGAAGGAGAUGUUGUCAAGCUUGUACUUCUUCAGCAGCUCCUUCAUGGCGGGGAGGUCCUCGUCAGCAACAUUGCUGAGGAUGACAUGCUGGUUACCGGUCAGACGGAAUUCACCCUUGUGGACCUUGGCAAUCUCCCUGAGACCAGUCUUCAUCUGGAACUCAGGAGUAUCUUCAAUACGACCGUUCUCGAUGAACAGGGUGAAGUGGUUCAAGCCGGUCUCGUCCUUGACCCAGCCGAAGGUGUCGACGUUGCUCUUGAACUCGAAAGGACGAGGAGCACCGAACUGCUUGCCCCAGAGCUCUUCAACCUUGCUACGGUACACAUCGACCGUCAUAUCGUCGAUGGUGUACUUGAGACGAGCGUGCUUGCGGUUCUUACGGUCACCGUUAUCGCGCUGGACAAGCAUAAUCUUCUCGCAGACAAUGUGAGCAUCCUCCACAGAGACGAAACCGAACAUUCUACCGGUCUGGGGGUAGGUCUUCUUGUUGUUGUGGGUAGCACCCAUACCACCACCAGCAAGAAUGUUGAAACCAGCAAGGCCACCGUCUUCGCCCUUGAUAGCAAUCAGACCGAUAUCGUGUGCGUACACAUCGGUAUCAUUGUGAGGAGGAACAGCGAUGGUGAUCUUGAACUUUCUGGGGAGGUAGGUGGGACUGUAGAGGGGCUCAAAGUCUUGGACAGCGUCGCCGGCAAUCUGAGUCUUCUUGUCAUCGUCAUCUGUGAGCCAAAUUUCGUGCGAGCUGCACAUGACGUUUCUGUUGACAUCACCGCAGGCGGCAAUAGUGGUCAUCAAAGCACGGUUGAUGGCUUGCAUGGCAGGCUUGAGCUUGCCCUUGACCACACCGUGGAACUGGAAGGUUUGGCGAGUAGUAAGCUUCAUCGUCUGGUUUCCGAGGGUGUUGGCGAUGUCGUCCAUCUGGACCCACUGCAGAGGAGUAGAAACACCACUAGGAAGACGGCAUCGAAUCAUGAAGGAGUAGGCAGGCUCCAAGCCCUGGGCCUUGCGCUCAUCACGAACAUCACGGUCAUCCUGCAUGUAGGUACCAUGGAACUUGGUGAGCUGGCCGUCAGCUGCGGAAAUGGCGCCAGUGGUAGGGUCGUUCAAUCCCUCAACGAUGGUACCACGGAGGUAGUUGGAGGCCAACUUGAUAUCCUCGUUGGUGAUUGGGGGAGGCUCAUCGGGAAGACCAUCGACGUUGUCCACGCCAAGGGCUUGCCAAACCUUGGGCUCCCAGUCAGCAUAGCCGGUCUGGUAACCAUCAGGAUCCUGGUCAUCACCAAGGCCUACAUCGGCCAGGUGCUUACCGCCGAGAUUAGUCAAAAGACGGUCCAGAUCCUUGGCGGGCUUGUUGUAGAAGAUCCUGUCUUCCUUGCGAGGCCAGUAGUGGCUGUCACCCAGACCGAAGAUGGAGUAGUUCACGGUAGCGAGGUCCAGAUCGGUGCUGUCCUUGAUAGCAUCCCAGAAUGGCAGACCGUUCUGUGGGAACUCACCCUGACCAGCAGUGGAGGUGAUAAAGACAAUGUUCUCCUCAGAGGGGAGGUCCUCAAGAGGAUAGUCUUCCAUAGCCAGGACAGUAGUCUUGAGGCCACGAGCACGUCCCCGGUUGCCGAGACGCUUGGCAACGUUGGUAGCGUUACCGUUGUCAGAGGCGAACAGGAUGGUAAGAGGAGCCCCGAGGAGGCCUUCAAGCAGCUGGGCGUAUGCAUCCUUAGCCUUGCGCUUCUGCUGAGCUCGAACUUCAGUUCCGAAGUCCUGGGCCAAACUGGCAGCAAAUUGAGGCUCCUUCUUCAUCAGUUGAGUGAGCUGGUUGUCUCGGGCAAGGAAUGUCUUGAGUUCCUGCUUGAUCAACUCAGAGUCAAGAGAGAAGUUGGGCUCGCCCUUCUUCUCGUUCUCGGGGUUCCAUCGGUACAGAGGCCAGUAACCGGCAUCGACAGCCUUCUUGGUCUCCUGGAGAACUGUAAGGGGAGAGUCACUCUCUCCAAAGUAAGCCAGGACGACCGAGGGACCGUUGAACUUGUCGGCCUCCAUCAAGGCCUGGAGAACCUGGGUGUACGAGCUGUAGACGGCAGUAGAGGCGACAUAGACGUUGCCGAAGUUCAUGGCGUACAAACCAAUGUCCUUCUUACGGCGCUCGGCAUCGGCGGCGGCCUUCUGGGAGUAGGGGGUAGAGUCGAUGAUGAGCAUGUUGACGUUCUCUCCGGAAGCCAAAACAUGGUGGACACCCGAGUUUCCGAGAUCGUAGGCCCAAGCAUCGGAACCAGUCAGCCAGAGCGACUCCUUACGGAACAGGCUCUUGUUGGCAAGGAGCUUCUGGGCCAGGGGCGAACCGUCGGUCUGAAGACGGGCGAUGACAUCGAACUUGGAUGGAGCAUCAGUGAUAAACUCCUUGCUGGUAGCGGCGGCCUUGGCCUCAGAAACGAAUCGGGAGCGGAGCUCCUUGCGAGCCAACAGGGAACCGAAACCGAAUUCGGGGCUGGCUGCGACUGUUGCCGAGAUACCAGCGUUCUGCGACUUCAGAGCGUUUGCGACGUAGGUCCUACUGCCGAAGAGCUGGUCCAAAAUCUUAGUGUAUGCGGUCUCAAGAGCGGGGACCUCAACACCGUACUCAGUCUUCUCUUCAGGAGCGUCCCUGACGCCAACCUCGAGGUUCUGGAUGGGCUUGUCGGAGGUCAAGUUCUGGAAGAUACCUCGGAGGGCUUGGCCAAUGACUGCAGGGUCCACAUAGCCCAACUGGUAGCCAACAAUGUGCUCAACGCCACCAGGGCCGCUCUUAAUAGAGGUCAGGACAUCGAUCAAGAGAGGUCCCCACUUCGUGGUCUUGCGGCGGAUCUGCUCCAAGACGGCAAUCCUCUUGACAGACUGGGGCAGGGAAUCGACAAAGUUGGUGCCAAUCCAGGGCCUGUAGAGUCGAGGGGUCAGGAUACCAGCCUUGGCGAAGACCUCGUCACCCUUGGCGUUAUCAAGGGCUUCACCAAAGGUCCCAACAUCAGUGCCAAAGAUGAAAAGGCAGUUGGCAGCAUCAGCAGGGCCAGAGUACUCAAAGGCGCUGUAUGA